UUUUUUUUUUAAACGCCCUAAAGCUAAAACCCUAUAAAUGCCCUCCCCUUUCCUCGCUUAUUACCGUUCAUUUCCUCCGCCCUCAUUUAUCACUGUCCGAUCAAGUGUCUCUAACACAGCACUAAUAUCAUCACCGUCGAUUUUUAUCCAAUGGCCCCGAUUGCUGUCGGUGCCGCGCUCCCGGACGGUUCUCUCUCCUACUUCGACGCUGAGGAUAACCUCCAGCAAGUAUCUAUACACUCCCUCGCUGCCGGGAAAAAAGUCAUUCUUUUUGGCGUUCCCGGUGCCUUUACCCCCACUUGCAGCUUGAAACAUGUGCCUGGGUUCAUCGAGAAAGCAGGGGAGCUUAAAUCCAAGGGUGUUGAUGAGAUUAUUUGCAUCAGUGUGAAUGACCCCUUUGUGAUGAAGGCAUGGGCCAAAACAUACCCCGAGAACAAAGAUGUCAAGUUUCUGGCCGAUGGUUCAGCAACAUACACCCAUGCUCUUGGUCUUGAGCUUGACCUUAGUGAGAAAGGGCUUGGCACUCGUUCCAGGAGGUUUGCUCUCUUGGUCGAGGACCUCAAGGUGAAGGCUGCAAAUGUUGAAUCUGGAGGAGAGUUUACCGUCUCCAGUGCUGAUGACAUUGUUAAAGCUCUUUAGAGAAUAGAGUUGCUUUGUCCACGGAGGUGUCUCUUCUUGGCCCUAUAAUUCCUAGUCAUCUUGUUAAGCUAUCAUUUGGUUUUUAUACUGGCUAGUGGCUAUGAAUACGGAUCGUUUUAUGUAGUACUUGAUGGUUAUGGUAAUAAAUACCUUUCUUCAAUUU